AUGGGCUGUGUACAAUGUAAGGACAAAGAGGCAACCAAACUCACGGACGACAGAGAGACCAGCAUCACGCAACACGCAGGUUACCGCUAUGGGGCCGACCCAACACCACAACACUAUCCAAGCUUUGGAGUCACCACUAUUCCAAACUACAACAACUUCCAUGCACCCGUCAGUCAAGGGGUGACAGUCUUUGGUGGAGUGAACUCCUCAUCACACUCUGGAACUCUACGCUCUCGAGGCGGAACAGGAGUGACGCUCUUUGUAGCACUUUAUGACUAUGAAGCAAGGACAGAGGAUGACCUCAGCUUCAGGAAAGGAGAGAAAUUUCAAAUUCUUAAUAACACUGAGGGAGACUGGUGGGAGGCUCGCUCUCUUACAACAGGUGGAACAGGUUACAUUCCCAGUAAUUAUGUAGCUCCAGUGGACUCCAUCCAAGCGGAGGACUGGUACUUUGGUAAACUAGGCCGAAAGGAUGCAGAGAGACAGCUACUGUCCAAUGGAAACCCGAGGGGUACAUUCCUCAUCAGGGAGAGUGAAACCACUAAAGGAGCUUACUCAUUGUCCAUUCUGGAUUGGGAUGACAUCAAAGGAGACCAUGUGAAGCACUACAAAAUCCGUAAACUUGACAAUGGAGGUUAUUACAUUACCACUAGAGCUCAGUUUGAGACUUUGCAACAGCUUGUACACCAUUACUCAGCGAGGGCUGCGGGGCUGUGCUGUCGUUUAAUCGUUCCGUGCCACAAAGGGAUGCCCCGCCUCGCUGAUCUGUCUGUUAAAACCAAAGAUGUGUGGGAGAUAGCACGGGAGUCAUUGCAGCUUAUCAAGCGACUGGGGAACGGACAGUUUGGAGAGGUCUGGAUGGGCACCUGGAAUGGAACCACCAAAGUGGCAGUGAAGACUCUGAAGCCAGGCACCAUGUCACCAGAAUCUUUCCUGGAGGAAGCUCAGAUCAUGAAAAAACUGAGGCAUGACAAACUUGUGCAGCUAUAUGCUGUGGUAUCUGAAGAGCCUAUCUAUAUCGUUACAGAAUACAUGAGCAAAGGGAGCUUGCUGGAUUUCUUAAAGGAUGGUGAAGGCCGAGGACUUAAACUGCCAAAUUUAGUUGACAUGGCAGCUCAGGUUGCUGCAGGCAUGGCUUAUAUUGAAAGAAUGAACUACAUACACAGAGAUCUGAGGUCUGCCAACAUUCUUGUGGGUGAUGGCUUAGUGUGCAAGAUUGCUGACUUUGGGCUUGCUAGACUGAUAGAAGACAAUGAGUACACAGCUCGACAAGGUGCAAAGUUCCCUAUCAAGUGGACUGCCCCAGAGGCAGCACUCUAUGGGAGGUUUACCAUCAAAUCUGAUGUUUGGUCUUUCGGGAUACUGCUCACAGAACUUGUCACAAAAGGACGUGUUCCCUAUCCAGGGAUGAAUAACCGAGAGGUACUAGAGCAGGUGGAACGUGGCUACAGAAUGCCCUGUCCUCAGGACUGCCCCAUCUCACUACAUGAGCUCAUGAUUCAGUGCUGGAGGAGGGAGCCAGAAGAGAGACCCACCUUUGAGUAUCUGCAGGCAUUCUUGGAGGACUACUUCACUGCCACUGAACCACAAUACCAACCAGGAGACAACCUUUAA